UUUUUAAUUUUUUUUUUAAUGUUUAUUUAUUUUUGAGACAGAGAGACAGAGCAUGAACAGGGGAGGGGCAGAGAGAGAGGGAGACACAGAAUCUGAAACAGGCUCCAGGCUCUGAGCUGUCCGCGCAGAGCCCGACGCAGGGCUUGAACUCACGGACCGUGAGAUCAUGACCUGAGCCGAAGUUGGAUGCUUAACUGACUGAGCCACCCAGGUGCCCCUAGUUCAGUAACUUCUAAAGAGGCAAAUAUGUCUCUCCUUUAUAGAUGAAAAUAUGGAGACGGGAAAAAUUUAAGCAGUUUAAGAGACGCUACAGGGAAAAGUGGGUGGAGAACAAAAUUUUAGAGGUUCUUGGAACACGUCAUAGACUCUCUGAACUUGGUGAUCUCUCUUUUUGCAACAAAGCCAAAAUAAUUUCAACACUAUUUUUUUAAACACCAAACAGUUUUCAAAUGGUUUCUUAAACAUUGCUUCAGCUUACUAUUAUAAUGAAUUUCUGACUUACAGUUUUUAUAGCAAUUUUAUAGUUUGUCUAAGAAUACUCACUUCACAAAUGGUGGGGUCAUAUCUAGACCUUGGAGGCUUAAGACAUUUAGGCCCAAUUCAUUUCCAUCACAUCACACUUAGUGAUUCACUGAUAAUCACAUUUUUUUUUUUUUUGAGUUUAUUUAUUUUGAGGGAGGGAGGGACAGAGGGAGGGAGGGAGGGAGGGAGAGAGGGAGAGGGAGAGGGAGAGGGAGAGAGAGAGAGAGAGAGAGAGAGAGAGAGAGACAUGCACCGCAGGAGGGGCAUAGAGAGAGAGAAAGAGAGAAUCCCAUGCAGGUUUUGCACAGUCAGUGCAGAGCUCAAUGUGGGGCUUGAAUUCACGAACCAUGAGAUAAUGACCUGAGCCAAAAUCAAGAGUUGGAUGCUUAACAGGCCAAGCCACACAGGUGUUCCACUUAAUCACAUCUUAUCCCCUGCUCCCCAGUUAUGACAUCAUUAAUUGCAGUAAUUUAAUGUGACUUUUUAUAAUGUCACAUUUUUUGCUCCAGGCUGUGAUUUUUUUAAAAAAAGGUUUAAUGUUUAUUUUUGAGAGAGAGAGCGAGAACACGAGCAUGGGAGGAGCAGAGAGAGAGAGAGAGACACAGAAACCGAAGCAGGCUCCAGGGUCUGGGCGGUCAGCACAGAGCCUGACACGGGGCUCGAACUCACAAACUAUGAGAUCAUGACCUGAGAGCCAAAGUCACAUGCUUAACCGACUGAGCCACCCAGGCGCCCGAGGCUGUGAGUUUUAAAAGCUGUUGAAGCCAAAAUUCUUUCAGUAUGGCUUGCACCCUUGAUUUUAGGAGAAUAUGAAAAAGAAAAUGAAAUUUAACAUUAAAAAUGGAUUUAUACUAAUAAAACAGCCACAGCCCAUGUACAAUUAUGAAAAAACUCAUUUCUAAUUGAGAAGAUAAGUCCACUUAAAAAAUUUCUUUUAUAUGUAGAACAAGUUUAUUGACAUAGUUGGCAUGCCGAUUCAACCUAUCUAAAGUGUACAAUUCAGUAGUUUUUGGGACAGUCACAGAAUUGUUCAGUGUACCACCAUCAGUUUUAGAACAUAAAACCUACUUUUAAAAGUGGAGGUAUUCAGGUAUAUCCUGGUUCUUUUCAAUUUGGGCCUGUUAUGAAUAGAACUGCUUUUAAAAAGUAUAGGUAAUUGUAACAAAAUAAGUAAUCUUCAAAUUAAUGUCAGAAUCAUGUGUUUGAAAACUUUUAAUUAUAUUGUAAUCAUUUCUCAGCUAUUUAGAGACAUUUUAUGUCGGUGUGCUGAGCUGGGUAUCAAGCUUUUUUGAAAUUUUUGGUUGUAUCAGUGUCUAGUGUUUCUCCAUUCCUGUUUUUGGUCAUGUUUGCUUAAACAAAUGAGUUUCAUAUAUUACUGUACAAGCUAUAAACAUACACAUGGUUCUUAAAUAUAGGUUGCAUUUUUGUUUUAGCUUGUCAAGUUCAUAGUAGACCCUGGGCAGAAGACUUUAUCAUUAUUUACGGAACAGUGGUUCUCAUUAUUUGUUGCAGAUUAGAAUCACAUGAGUAUUUAAAAAUAGUAAUACCUUUACCUCCUCCUUGACGAUUGUAAUUUAAUUGGUAAUUUAAUCCCACACGGGACCCAGGUGCCAAUAGCUGGCAUAUUUAAGUUUCCUACAUAAUUCUCAUGUGUGGCCAGGAUUAAAAACUUGUUUUAGAUUCUUGUUUUCAAAACGUUUGCAGCAGGAGCCUGAAGCUUAAUUUUUCUAAACUCGUUUACUUUUCAUUUAUCUGUCUCAUAUCUCAAGAAAAAGUUGAUUAACUCAAAGCUGGAUUAGAAAAUGGGGGGAGGCCCUGACUGAGUCUCCAGCUAGCACCUCUGAAGUUCAUUUGCCACUUUGUUCAUCUUUGUGUUCUCAGUUCCAGCAAAUGCCUACUCUGCCCAAGUUCCUUACUUGCCUGCCUUCCUUUUCUUUCUUUCCUUUUCUUCCUUUCCUUCUUUCUUCGAUGUUAAGUGCCUGCUGUCUGUUCCAGCACUGUUUUAUAUCCCGAGGACAUAAACACAAUUUGGAAUCCUUCUUACAUUUGAGUUGGCAAAAGAUGCGUCAUAAAUAUUUGUUGAAUUGAAUAGAUUCACACCUGAGCCCUCUUGGCAUACUGCUGUGCUGUGCCUCAAAUCCUGUGUAGAAAUUAUGAUUUUUUUGAUAUUCCAGGAACAUUCCAGGCAUUGUCUGUCACUUCCUCAUUUGUUUGUCUGCUUCCCUGUUACAUUCAAGGACAUCCCACAUCUAGCCAGGCUUAAACCAUCAGGAUAAAGUUGGUUAGGACGUGUAAUUCAGGUCUUCUAUCUCCAUGUAUCCCAGACUCGCAUGGAGACUCACAGACUCACCUACCAACAACUGAGUUUUGGGUAAUCUCAGAGUCAAGUUAGGUGAUAAAGACCAGAUGCUGUGACUUGUGGGUUGUAAGUCAGUGGAGGCUGUCCUGAGGACUUGUACAGCCUGACUACCAGGUCUUAGAACCCUGUCUUCUCUUCAUCCCCAUGGCAUGUUUUAUUUUCUGGGAGCAAGGUAGAAGGGGGACAUGGUGUGAUCCUCUACCAGUUUAUAAAUUCUCACUGGGUUGAUUAUCUCUCCUACGCUUGGAUAUUUCAGAGUUGACUUACCCCAGAAAAAGAAUACUUACAGGUAGCAAAGUAUCCACGCGAGCGCACCUGCACUCAUGCACCCCCCACCCCCAUAUUUAAGAAUGAGAAAACAGUAGCAGAAGACACAGUAUUUUGUUUUAGUUUUUAAUCAGUGAUUUUGUUUUUACUUAUUUGUAGCUUUCGCAGCCUCUCAGCAUGUAGAAAAUACCUUCUGAAUACGAUUAAACAGGAUCAAUGUGACUCUGGAGACAAAUGGAUGAAUGAAUACCCAUAUGAAGAGGAAAACAAUAAAGAAUAUCAACACCUUUGAGAACAGAAUGUUAAUGCUUGAUGGGAUGCCGUCAGUCAGAGUCAAAACAGAGCUUUUGGAAUCUGAACAAGGGUCUCCAAACGUCCACAACUACCCCGAUAUGGAAGCUGUUCCCCUGUUGCUAAAUAAUGUGAAAGGGGAGCCGCCGGAGGACUCGUUAUCUGUAGAUCACUUCCAAACACAAACUGAGCCAGUGGACUUGUCGAUCAACAAAGCCAGGACAUCCCCCACAGCCGUUUCAUCCUCCCCAGUUUCCAUGACAGCAUCUGCCUCCUCGCCUUCUUCAACUUCAACCUCUUCAUCGUCUUCUAGUCGUCCAGCCUCAUCCCCAACUGUUAUAACAUCCGUAUCUUCAGCAUCAUCUUCGUCAACAGUAUUAACUCCAGGGCCCCUUGUCGCCUCCGCGUCUGGUGUGGGAGGCCAGCAGUUUUUGCACAUUAUCCAUCCUGUACCGCCUUCGAGUCCCAUGAAUUUACAGUCUAACAAACUGAGUCACGUUCACCGCAUCCCUGUGGUGGUACAGUCGGUGCCUGUUGUCUACACAGCUGUGCGGUCACCUGGAAAUGUGAACAACACUAUUGUAGUGCCGCUUUUGGAAGAUGGGAGAAGCCAUGGCAAAGCACAAAUGGACCCCCGAGGCCUAUCUCCCAGACAAAGUAAAAGUGACAGUGACGAUGAUGACCUGCCAAAUGUGACCUUAGAUAGCGUUAAUGAGACUGGAUCUACGGCCCUUUCCAUAGCCAGAGCAGUACAAGAAGUACAUCCGUCCCCAGUAUCAAGGGUCCGGGGAAAUCGAAUGAAUAAUCAGAAGUUUGCUUGUUCAAUUUCACCAUUUAGUAUUGAGAGCACAAGACGCCAGAGGCGGUCUGAAUCCCCAGACUCCAGAAAACGGCGCAUCCACAGAUGUGACUUUGAGGGAUGCAACAAAGUAUACACAAAAAGUUCUCACCUGAAGGCUCACCGAAGGACACAUACAGGAGAGAAACCCUACAAGUGCACCUGGGAAGGCUGCACCUGGAAGUUCGCGCGCUCGGAUGAACUGACAAGGCAUUACCGCAAACACACGGGAGUGAAGCCAUUCAAGUGCGCGGACUGUGAUCGCAGCUUUUCCCGGUCAGAUCAUUUGGCACUGCACCGCCGGAGGCACAUGCUGGUGUGAGGAAUGCUACCCGUCCAGCUGAGCGUAAGAGCUGGAUCUCUUAGCGGCACCCAAUUCAGCAGGGCUGAAUCCCCUUCACAGUGUUAACACAAAAGGGCAUCACCAUCCCACGAUGUCUGAAACCAGAGCAGGAAAAAGAAGUAACACUUCUCCUUUCGGUCUGAAGGUAACCCCCAUCACGACUACACCAGAAACGUCUUCUCGCUGGCCUGGGAGAUCCGUGACACAAAUGCUGAAGAGACAGGCAUUGUUUCCCGUGCUGUGUACUCUGCCAUUUCAAGAUGUUUGUAGCUUGUACGUUUUCUGAGCUGUCAGACGUUUUGUUAUCGAUACUGUAAAGGUCGUCUACCACAAAUUGAUGGCUAGCGCAAGACCUUUUAAAUUUGGAUUCUUCUCCCGUCAUCCCACCCCUUACCCUCUUUUUACUGAAAUUUUAGUUACUGUCUCAGUAAGAUAGAACACACAUCCAAUCUGUUACCAGCAAGCAGCAUGAAAGUAGAGAAGAAGAAGCCUGUUGGAGAGGUUCCAUUACCUGAAAAUAAAGGGGCGCUCAGGCAGCCCUUUGCAAUAGUGAUGACGGCAACUAGAUAUCACCCGCAACUUGUCAUUCUGCCAUGCCCUGAAGAAAACCAACAUUGAAUCUCUCAUUUGUUUGUCGUUGAUUGUUUUUGUUUUGUUUUGAUUCUGUUUUGUUCAUCUGUUCGAGCAGAGGGGCAGCGACAUUUCAGUUGGAGCCUAGUCUCGGUGUCUGCCCUGGCAUGGACUGGCACAGAGGUGUUCUGUAGUUGAAUAGGAAGAGCCUGUCUAAAAAACUACUGCCCCACUUCAAAUUGCAGUGUUCUGUCACCUAGGCAUCAUCUCUUCCUGCCCCUAGUAUUUGAUUACAAGGAAUCAGGGGGAAAAAAAAAACAACAAACUUUCUUAGACACACUGGCACCAAGGUAAGAGGUGGGGCUGCUCAGGCAAAGUCAGUGAACAUGAAAAAUCAGACAAAGCAGAGAUGGAAUAAUGCGCCUCUUGAGGAGAAAAGCAAUAAUGAAUAAAAGGACUUUCCUACAAUAACUUCACUGAGGACUCACGUUACCAAUUUUCAUACUUACUAAAGGGAUUGUAAAAAACACCCUAGCAUUUUAGAUGUCUUGGUUACAUUUAGAGCCCUGAGGUAAUCUUUCUGCUGUUUGUUGUCCUGCUUGGUUGAGUACCACAAUUAAAGAUUAUGCUCCCCUUUUCUUGUUUGAAAACAGUUAUUUGGUGACGAGAAAGGCCAAGGAGGCAUAGCAGGGAGUUAACCCUUGGGUUAAUGGGUCAGUUCUCCUUGGAACCGAGUCAGUGGAAAGGGAGCGCUCCCCGAGGAAAGCCUGACAUGGUGCUAGUUUCCUCACUUGGAGAGCCAAGGCCAAGUGACUCUCCAAUAGGUUCUUCUAUAUAGACUUCAUUUUCUAAACUGUAUCAGAACCCAGGGGUUCUGCGCUGGCAUCUACAGGGAUGUUGAACCCACUCAUCCUGUGCUGAGGGUGAGAGGAAGGAGAUGAUCAUCCCGUCAGCCCCCUAAACUCACGAGCCUUUCUUGCAGCUAGCGAAGUACACAGGAAACAAAGCAAUACAUCACCAACAAGCAUUCUUUCAGAAAAAUUAUCGUAUUUUGUUUCUCCACUAAAAGCUGGGUUGGUUUUUUUGUUUUUUUUUUUUCAGCUUUAUGUGGCUAAGGGGCUUGGUGAAGUUUUUUUGUUAUUGUUGUUGUUGUUGUUGUUGUUGUUAAGAUUUUUUAUAGCUUAGAUAUAAAAGGUUGCCAGCAUAGGCCUUUGCAAUAUAUUUUAAUCACCAACACUUGAUUUGGGGAAUUGCACAAAUUAACCUCACAAUAUUCCUAGCUCAUGUUUAAAUGUUUGAACAUUCUGAAAUAAUUUCCGGUUGUAGAACUAUCCUUUUUGGGAUCAUCUUCUUACUCAGAGAAACUUUAAUGAUGAAGCAAGAACUAUAAACAUUGAAACAAGGACAAUUCGUGUUGGAUGGUAUUAAAAGGAAUUUGUUUUAAAUGUUCAAGCAACAGCAUAAUGAUUUUCAGGUCAAAUUCUGUCUUCAAAAAUACGUGCUCUGCAUUUUCUGCCAGGUCUGAAAAAUUCAUCAGGCAAUUUCCUUCGAACAAGGGCUGCGAUUCUGUUGAUAAACAGCUCCUUUUGCUACACAAUCUUACUACCCACCAAGCACUGGGUUUUUUGGUUGUUUUUUUGGGUUUGUUUUUUUUUUCCUCCUCUUUCGUUCUUUUUUUUCUUUUCUUUUCUUUUUUUUUUUUUUUUUACCAACUGGAAAGUUUU